AUGCAUCUAACACAGCCACCUUCCAAUGCCUGCAACACCAAUGCCAUCACCAUCACCAUUGCCACCUUCCCAGAUGACUGCCUCCCUCCCAAAUGCUAUUUUGAGCCUCAAGAAGCCUUAUUUGAGUCAAUCAAUUCAUGGGCUAAGCCAAGAGGCUAUGCUUUUACCACUCAAAGGUCAAUGAAGGAGAAGAAUGGUACUAGGACAGUUAUCUACACAUGCAAUCAAGCUUGCAACCCUCCUAACAGCUUAGUGGAGCAUUGGAGAAAAACAACAACUUGA